UAUAGAUUUUUGAACAUUUUCAUAUCUUAAGGCGUACAAUGCCUGAGCUGUAAUUCAGCUAUAGCCAUGAAGCUAUAGACGAAAAUGAAGGUUGCAUGAAUGAUCAAGAAAGUUGCCUCAAUGCCAGACAACUCACAGUAAGUCAAACGUGUGAGUGAUUACUGCGCUCGGAUGUCAGGGUAAUUGGUUCUGAUAUGAGACAAAGUCUCAAAGAGCAAUGGAUGUGUGUGUUGGGUCAGGAGCAAGGAAUGGUAUACAAAGCAGCCCUAGAUGUGGAGCAGGUGGUGCAGAGUCUCUGGGAAGGUGGCAUAGAGAUCGCAAAGAAGUACGCCUGCUGAGAUGAGGGUACCACUGCACAAGGGAAAUUGUGACUGCACCACUCAGUCAUCCCACAGACAUCGCAAAGGAGUAUGUCUGGCGUGCAGGUCCUUCCGGUGUCAACAACUGAGUCUGCAAGGUGUCCCCGACUCACAGCCGCAGUGGUAAGGCGACAUCAAGGCUUGUUGACGACUCAAUAACGAGCGUAUAGGGGAAACUGUGACUGUAACACACGCUUGGUCAAUCCAUCAAGAUCGCAAAGAAGUACGUCUGGCAUGCAGGUCCUUCCUGCGCGGUGAUUAUCACCAGUUAAUACUCCUCGACUCCCAGCCGUUAUGUAAGGCGACAUCAAGGCUUGUUGACGAGGCUACAGGGGAAACUGUGACUGUAACACACACACAGUCAAUACGUCAAGAGGAUUGCGAAGAAGUAUGUCUGGCAUGCAGGUCCUUCCUGCAUGGUGGUUAUCACCAGUUAAUAUUCCUCAACUCUCCGCCGCAGUGGUAAGGCGACAUCGAGGCUUGUUGUCAAGCCUACAGGGAAAACUGUGACUGUAACACACACACACACUCGAUACGUCGAGAGGAUCGCAAAGAAGUAUGCCUGGCAUGCAGGUCCUUCAGUUGUCAAUGACUGAGGCUGCAAGGUGGUUGUGACCGGUUGAUAAUCCUUGACUCGCCGCUUUUUAUCCUUCACCAAGAUGCGAACUUGAGACCUACCUGCUGUUAGGGGAGAUGUUUACCGAUUGGGCUGGGCACCCGAUCUCAACUCGCCGCCUUAGUAGUAAGGUGGCAGCAAGGUUUGUUGACAAGCAUAUGAAUGAUACUGAAUGACACUGUCUCAAACUAUUGGAUUCCACCAUGAUGACAAUCGACAGCCUCCUGAUGAGUCGGUGAAACUCCGACGUUGCAGUUUGUCACAGCCGCUCAUUUGUUGUCCUCUUCUCCCUCUCUGCUGACGGUUUACUGGGCAGUUCUAUUUGACGACAUAUGUACUUGUCACAUGUUCCCAUCUGAGCGAGAGAGGGGAGGGCCAGCCGACGAACCAUGGUAUGUGCUUCGUCUAAUGAACUGCCUUCCUUGUGUACAUAUGUUCAGUUGAUGGGCUUGAAACUCCAUUGCAUACAUAUGAUGGAUACAUGGAGAAAGAGAUAGAGGAAAGAAAGUGAAGGAUGGGUGUAAGGAUGGUGAGUGUAGAAACUUAGGAGCAUAGACCUUGGAUAGACAUGGAGGAACGCAGAUGCCUUGCAGAUUGCAGGUAGGCAGAUGGCACAAUGGAUGUGCACAAAUGGUAGGGAAGAUGGAAGAGUGGUGGGAGGAUGAAGAGGUGGCUUGAUGGAUGAGUCAAUGGAUGGCUCAAAGAGGCAGACGGCUGGGUGUGAGGGUAGUCGGACGGAUAGCAGAUGGUGCAAUGUAUGUGCACAAACGGCGAGGAAGAUGGAAGAGUGGCGGGAGGAUGAAGGGAUGGCUUGAUGGAUGGUUUGAUGGAUGGCUCGCUCAAGUCAAGGAUGAGUCACUGGAUGCCAGUGGAUGGCUAGAAUAGGCAAAAAAAAAAGGGAACGAACCGAUGGAGGAGUGCCGACGGUCGCCUGUUGGAUGGAUGGGAGAUGGCGCAAUGGAUAUGGAUGAAUGGCAGGAGAGAUCGACAAGUCUCGGGAGGAUGGACGGAGGAGGGUCGAGGGAUGGUGGAGAGAGGCAGAGAGCGAAGAAGGGAGGGGGGGAAGGAAAAGGCAGCAAAGGAGGAGGGAAAAGGGUGGACUGGUGGAUGCGUGCAUGCAUGAGGAGACGAGUUGUGGACUCGUGUCGUAGAAUGGAUGUUACCUAGAUGAUGAUGGGAGCUGUAAGCUGAGAGCGUCCCCCUUGGUGUAGGCAUGAGAGCCUUUAUUCCCUUCCUUGGAAGAAAGGAUAAGGAGAGGGGUGAUGGAGGUGUUAUGCCCCAAGAGGGACAAUAGGUAGUAUAGGUGAGGAGCUGGUGGGAGCCUCCACUCCCUCCCUGGCCCCUGGGACUAUAUGAUCUUGCCCAGAGUAGCCGAGGGAGCAAGCACAGACUGUUUCGUUCCUCUGGAAUGCUUGCGAUCCAUUGUUCCUCUGCAAUGAGGGUAGGUCAGUCGGGGCAACUGUUACGCUGCCAUGUUGUGACCGUAGGGUUUAGGAACUUUAGGCAUGUUGUAUUUGCUGAUAAUACCUGAUAUAUAUGUUUUUCAUUUCUGGUGCAUGAUGUUUGAUCACAUCGAGGAGGCACAGGGUUUGUUUUUUGUUCGUUUUUGUGUUUUUGGAUUCCCGUCGCGCUUCUCCCAUUGGAUGGUAAACUCAUAACGUGUGUUUACGACCGUACGUCAAAUUAUCAGCUAGUGCUCGUUGGUUGGCAUGGCACCGGCAAGUGAUCAGUCAGUCAGUCAGUCAGGGAGGGAACUUGGCGGUGAGCUCCGUCAUGGCAUCGCACCCUCUGCAGUUCUGCAUUGACCAGGUGCAGCUCGUGAAUUUAUUUUAUCUAUUUAAUUUUUAUUGUUUUUAGCUUCUUUUUUUUUCUUUUUUUUGGGGGGGAAAACAUCCCGCUCAGCAGCUUGAGGUGCUGGUAGGAGCAGACACCUCAAGCUCACCGGGGAUUAUUUUUUAAUAAUAAUAUAUGACUAUAGUACAAGGAAACAGGAAGACACUUAGCAAAUGGGUUGUGCUAGGGGACCCUGCUCUGCUGUACGAGUUGGCCUUCUCUCUGUGAUGUGUUUGUGAUAUAUAUUUGUCCAGAGUGUAUGGUGUGCAUGCUCAAUGCCAGCCGUUGUGGCGAUUGUUGUACUGAGAAUGCUCAGCUAAGUCUUCCAUGUGCUCAUCCACCUCAUUCUUACAAUGAGUGUCCUCUCUGCCGUCAAGGACAGGCUCAUUCUUGAGCCUUUCCUUGUCCUCACCUUUGCCUACAUCUUCAUCCCACACUCCGUACUUGUGCUUACUUUCCCUUUUUCAUUCUUUGUGUCUUUGCUUCAUCUCUCUUCCCUGUGCUUACCACCUCCCCCUCUACUCUGCCUCUUUUCUCACAACGUACAAGUGGGCCGUUAUGGCACAGGAGGACGCGGGCAGCUACAGCCUUCCCCCGAACAAAACGCAUGUGUUGUAUAUGAAUACAACGCACGUGUUAUGCUAUGGGUUUUGGGCACCAACUUCAGAUAACGGACGCCAACUUCAGAUAACGGGCUCUCAAAAAAAGUCCAGUAUACGCCCUUGUAGCCGCGGGCCUGUCCCGUGGAGCAUCCGUCACAGUUGGAGCAACACACAUAAAUAGAGAAAUGAAAAAAAAAAAGUCUCCACAAUGAAUCUUCCCCUAGACA